GCCGUCAAACCCAGAGAACAAAUGAGUGAAACAAUAAACACGGCUCACGUUCAAGACUCAGAAUGAGAAAGUGGUACGAGACUGAGACACAGAGAGAGAGAUUGAGUGGGAGAGAGAGACAGAGAGAGAGAGAGAGAGAGAGAGAGAGAGAGAGAGUGAGCAAACAGAAUGAGGAAGAAGUGGUGAGCAGAUGGGUGUGGCUGGGUAACGGAUGUUCUAGCGGUCUGUAUUGAGCGAUACGACGAGGGGACUUUGUACGUGAGGCUCUGGACAGACCUACAUCAUCUCAGCAUGGACACCAAGAUUCUCUGCGUGUGCCAGCUUCUCUACGUGUGUGUCCUGUUACAAGGUUUAAAAGCUCAAUCUGCUACACCUGGAACCGGACCAGUGAACUUAUAUGUCACCAGUCCUCCAGUGUCCACCGGCAAUAGAAUGGACAACAAGACCAGUUUCACCUCAGGACCCCCACGUCUCAAUCUUACAACCAUAGCUUCUGCAUCAGCGCUGACCAGCCAGUCAACACCGACAGCCAAGCCCUCCUCCACCCCAGUGACAUCAUCCAGUCCUUCAACAAGACUUCCCACCAAUGGGCCCACGGUUGCCUGGGACGACAAAUGGAAUGCUCCAUUCACGUACGACUACACGAGCCUCCGCGUGGCUGGGCUGACGGUGGCAGCUGUGCUCUUCGUCCUGGGGAUCAUGAUCAUCACCUGUGGUAAAAUAGCCAGGAUCCCCAGAUGUCACGUCAGUAAAGGAAAGUCAUACCAAGUCACCAGGAAUUAACCAGAGGAGAGAGAGACUGUGCAGAGAGCCAGGAGGCCACCAGGGAGACUAACAAACAUUGUAUGAACAGUUCUGUAUGCGUGUUGAGUGUGUGUUCUUCCUUAGUAGACUACAUGCCGAACAGGAACAGAGGGGUUGAAAAACACAGGACAAACAAAGGAAACAUGAAUCAUGCUGACAAGUGAAAAAGCAAUGUGUUAUCAUCCUGUUCAUCUUUGCUGAAUGUUAUUUCCAUGACAUGGCUGGAAACUUAACUGAAAUUUAAAUUGAUCAUGAUCUCCUGGAUAAUGAAGAGAUGAUUCAUAUUUUAAUCACACACCCAGCCCCCUGGCAAGCUGUUUCUCUUUCCAAGUUGUCUCUGUUAAAAACCUUGGAAUCAAUAACAACACUGCUCAAGAAUUCCUAGGCAGAAAAAAGGCAGAAAAUCAAAAAGUCGUCUCACUUCCUGUUCAUUCACACCACAGUUUGAGCGGCAUCUAAAAAUAAACCCUUACGUUUCCGACAGUCAGUUGCUGGGUGUUCUUUACAGAAUGUUAAGUGUGUUUAAGUGCUAAGCCUCUUAGCUUUUCCCUUUGAAACGUAGAUCAGUGAAGCCCAAGAGUUGUCUGAGGAGUCAGGUGGCUGAGCGGUUAGGGAGUCGGGCUAAUCUGAAGUAAUCGGGCUAAUCGGGCUAAUAUGAAGUAAUCUGAAGGUUACCGGUUCGAUUCCCGGCUCUGCAAAAUGACGUUGUGUCCUUGGGCAAGGCACUUCACCCUACUUGCCUCGGGGGAAUGUCCCUGUACUUACUGUAAGUCGCUCUGGAUAAGAGCGUCUGCUAAAUGACUAAAUGUAAAUGUCUGCAUCCACUAGAACACAACACCUUCACAAACGCAAUGUUUAGCAAGAUGACAAACACAUAUACUGAGACAAGUGGAGAGAGUGGAACACGUUUAAUCUUGGAAAUGGGGAUAAUGUAACAUACAGAAUUGCUAUACUAAACUAUACAAUACUUUGCUAUACUAUGCUAUGUCAAUUGCAACACAGAGAGAGAAGGAUCUAGGGAAAGAAAAUGUGUUGGUUUAUGUUGUGUGAACAGCUGUGCAAAUAUAUGCUGUUAAAUAGGUAAUAGGCCACAAUGGCCUAUCUAUUGCAAGAUCCAUAAAGUUUAAUAUCCAUAGAUAUUAAAAACUAGUAUUUCAGCAUGAAAGCAAUGCCAUAAUAACAUGUACAUGAUUAAAAAGCCCUAACUAAAUAUGACUGCUUACUUCAAAACCUUUAGAAUAAAUUGCAUUUAGAUAUAGAGGUUAUAUAUAAAUCAAAAUCUCAUGACACAAAUAUAACACAAGGAUCUUUCAUAUUUUUUACAUUGAUUGCAUAUUAUAUAGUUGUGCAGAGGGCACCAUCCCUGAAAGAGAUCACAAAAAUAAAGACUAGUUAACAUAUUCAUAAUCCAACAGAAAGCCUUCUUUCUAGAAGAAGAAAUCUUAUUUCUAAAAUAAAAAAAUAUAUGACAAUAAAUGAAUUUGAAAGCAGACAGGGACUGUGUUGUGGGGGACCUGCAUGCUGUAGGGCUGGCUUGGUCAUGCACGGCCAGGGAUUGGCCGAACGCAGCAAUGCUUCUCUUUUAUACCAAAGAAAAAUGAAAUGAAAAGAAAAAGGAGACUGGCCAGACUUCUGCACAAGUGACAAAUCCACGUAAGCCCUUACUAAAUGUUUUUUUUUUUGGUCUAGUUUAAAAAAUAUAUUUAUAUACUACCGCAUAAAAUAAAAAACCCUUUUUGUAAUCGUGACGUCAGAUAAGACAAGAGAGACCAGGAUGACAAUACUUUUUUCUAUAAUUAGAGUUGAAGACGCUUUUGCGACUGAACGGUGCAGUGUGAUUCUAUGACGCAUCUCCGCUGCAGGACAAGACGCGGAUUUCUUUUUGAUUUGGGCAUUGUUGUUUGUUUGGUCGAACAAGCUUGCUCUUCAGCAACAGGAAACAUUGUUCGGUUCUGUUUCUAGUUAUUUCUAAGGGAUAAAAGAAUCCCUUGCAAUGAGAGUUUGGUGUAAACACAAAGAAAGACCUAAAAGAAAGAUAAACUGAAAUGCUUUUGUAUUGUAUAGACAACACCGGAUUGGAAAAUUCCUUUUGAAAUGCUGACUGUAUUAAGUUUACGAGGAUGGAGGUGUUCAACAGAAAUACCACAUGUACAAACACUAGAGUAUGUACAUAGGAAGGCAUAGGCACAAAAAACAAACAUAACAGGCGGCUCUCCGAGAACCCUCGCAAGACAAGCGAUGGGCCACUUCAUAUUCAGCAAGGCACUAGUGAAGGUUGUCGAGUGCUGUAAAAACCUGGGGAAAAUGGGUUCAUUCAGAACCACAGGUGCUUCUGUACCUGAGAAUCUGGAUACCAGCCGAGUCCUCCCCCAGUCUCACCCCUGCAGUCACCCCUGGACCUCACCCCUGGACCUCACCAGGGGUGGCUGAGCGGAGACAUAGCAAAGGACAUGGGAGCCCUUAUUCAGACAGACCUAGUGAUUCCAACACUACAUCUCUCCCUCGCCAGCUCCAGCCUGCACAACUGCACACCAUGUGACGCUCCGAACAAAAUACCUUGAGUCAUGCCAAACCUGAUCGUGUCCACCUUCCCGUCUUCUCCGACCCCUGA